AUGAGGCCAUCUUUGAUGAACAUGGCAAUAUGGGCAUUGCUUGUGCUGGUAUUGGCUAACAAUGUUGAGGUUGCAAAAGCAGUGAGUUGCAGCCCCGCGCAGCUCAGCCCUUGCGCGAGCGCAAUCACGUCGUCACGACCACCAACACAAGUUUGCUGCACCAAAAUUAAGGAGCAAAAACCAUGUCUUUGUCAAUACAUGAAGAAUCCUUACCUUAAGAAGUUUGUUAAUACUCCUAAUGCUUGGAAAGUUGCUACAACUUGUGGUACUCCCUUCCCCAAGUGUUGAAAUAUAUAUAUAUAUAUAUAUAUAUAUAUAUAUAUAUAUAUAUAUUAAUUACUUUAGUAUUGUGGAUCAUGAUGAUCUUAUGAUUAAGUAUCUAGGUAUGAAGAUCUUAGAAGAUAUAAGGAUGCCUAAAUAUUACUAUUUCUAGUAUUGCUAAUUUGAUUUAAUUACUAUGCUAGUACUCCUUUUUAAGUUGUUUGUAUCUUUUCUCUAUGUUGGGUAAUGAAAGAGACUUCUAUAUACUUCUAAGUUAAACUCGUCUUAUCCAUCCAAUGAUGUAAUUAGAAUUGAUAAAGAUUAUUGUCCUACGCUUCAUUGCCAUGUUUUUUUGAUAGUUGAUAUGAAU